AUGGUCAGAAUUCCUUCUCGUGAUAAGUUAAACCUCAAAAGGGGUCUCUGGACUGCAGAGGAAGAUGCAAAAGUACUUGCAUAUGUAUCAAAGCAUGGGACGAGUAACCGGACCUCUGCUCCAAAAAAAGCAGGAUUAAGGAGAUGUGGGAAGAGCUGUAGACUUAGAUGGACAAAUUACCUGAGACCUGAUCUUAAGCAUCACAACUUCACUCCUCAAGAGGAGGAAUUGAUUAUCAGGCUUCAUGCAGCAAUUGGUAGCAGAUGGGCUAUAAUAGCUCAGCAACUUCCUGGAAGAACAGAUAAUGACGUGAAGAAUUAUUGGAACACGAAACUGCGAAAAAAGCUCUCCGAAAUGGGGAUUGAUCCGGUUACUCAUAAACCAUUCUCCCAAAUCUUAGCUGAUUAUGGAAAUAUUGGUGGCCUCCCAAGAUCCACCAAGAGAAUUGGAUCUCUCAGUAGAGAUCUGAAAACUUCAACUUAUAUGAAACCAGAACAUUACUCAAACUCAGCCCAAGGACUCUUCAAAGGCAUCGAUGUAGAUUUGUCGACACCGUCGAUGCUGUUGCCAGAAACUGAGCCUGUCAUGGACAAGGUCACGAAUGGCAAUGUCCACCAAUUAAACAAUAACCAUUCUCUGAAUCUUUUGGCUCAGCUGCAAGCAAUGCAGCUGGUGACAGAAGCCUCACAUCGCACUUUCAAUGAACAAAUUCAACCUCAUUUCUAUUCUCAAGGCUAUUUACCAUCUUCAUCAUCAUCUUCUUCUUCCUCUACUACUACUGGUACUUGUAGAAAUUCUUCCUCAGCUUUUAGCUGGUGGGAUUUUCUUCUUGAAGACGCGUUUUUACCUUCCGAGCUGCCUCAAGAACACGAAAAUGUAGUUGAGUUUCCAGUAAAUCAAAAUGCUUGCCAAACAGAAAAUGGGAUAUCAAAAGAAGAGAUGAACAAAGAGAUAUCUGACUACCAAUACAACAGAUUUGAAGCAAUGCAUCGCUUGGCUGAAAACAAUGACAAUGAUAUUGAAGCUUCAUCAUCUGCUGAAAACACAUUCAUAGAAACUUUGUUGCAUCAGGAGGACAAAAUUUUAUUUGACUUCCUCAAUCUUUUAGAGGAACCAAUUUACUACUAG